CGCGGGUUCAUUGAGGAGGAGGAGGAGGGGCCGGGGCCAGCGGCGGCGGCGACACGAUGCCGGUCCACUCGCGGGAGAAGAAGGAGAACAACCACGAUGAGAUGGAGGUGGAUUACGGCGAGAACGAGGGCAGCAGCUCGGAGGAGGAGGAGACCGAGAGCUCGUCCGUUUCCGAAGAGGGCGACAGCUCGGAAAUGGAUGAUGAGGACUGUGAAAGAAGAAGAAUGGAAUGUUUAGAUGAAAUGUCCAACCUUGAAAAACAGUUUACAGACCUCAAAGAUCAACUUUACAAAGAGAGAUUAAGUCAGGUGGAUGCGAAACUGCAGGAAGUCAUAGCUGGAAAGGCCCCAGAGUACUUGGAACCGCUGGCAGCUUUGCAAGAAAAUAUGCAAAUCCGAACAAAGGUGGCAGGUAUCUAUAGAGAGUUGUGUUUAGAGUCUGUAAAGAACAAAUAUGAAUGUGAAAUUCAAGCUUCUCGUCAACACUGUGAGAGUGAAAAGCUCUUAUUAUAUGAUACUGUGCAAAGUGAAUUAGAAGAGAAGAUCAGAAGACUUGAAGAAGACAGGCAUAGUAUUGAUAUUACCUCAGAAUUAUGGAAUGAUGAACUACAGUCUAGGAAGAAAAGGAAGGAUCCAUUUAGUCCAGAUAAAAAGAAACCUGUUGUUGUAUCAGGCCCCUAUAUAGUUUAUAUGUUACAGGACCUCGAUAUACUUGAAGACUGGACAACAAUAAGGAAGGCAAUGGCUACGUUGGGGCCACACAGAGUAAAGUCAGAACCACCUGUCAAAUUAGAAAAACAUAUGCACAGUGCUAGGUCUGAAGAAGGAAGACUGUAUUAUGAUGGAGAAUGGUAUGGCCGUGGACAGACAAUAUGUAUUGAUAAGAAAGAUGAAUGCCCUGCAAGUGCUAUCAUUACAACAAUUAACCACGAUGAAGUUUGGUUUAAGAGGCCAGAUGGAAGCAAGUCCAAACUGUAUAUUUCCCAGCUGCAGAAAGGAAAGUAUUCAAUAAAACAUAAUCAUAAUUGACCAUUUCUAACCACACGUGUAAUAAGUGGUGUUACUAUGCUUGAUGUGCCAUGGGAUGAAAGCUGUAUUUAAUAAUGUUUUGUAUUCUCCUUAAUUUUAUGGCAAUAUCCAAUGUGUACUUGUAGUGCUGUAUGUAAAGCUUCAUAUGGAUGUCCUUUAAUAGGUGGUGACAUUUAAUCAUGUUGACAGACAUUUUACCUCUAAAUUGGGUCCAGUGCCUAAGAUAUGAAGUAUGCCCUUCAAAUAUAAAGGCUAAGAACUCCUCAUUAAAUACUGUAUAUUUAAAAUAUAAAACAUUUACUUUUAUUAUUAGUGGCUAGAUUGUGUGUGGUAACUGUGCAAUUAUCACUUUUACUAGCAAUUUAUUUUCAUAUGUUCAGUGAACUUGUCAUACUUGUCUUGUGGGUGUUGGUGGGUGUUCUCAGAUGUUGCUUCUGAAUAGUCUGCAAUGGUAUAAGUAUUCUUUUAUCUGAUGUGAACAGAAUUUCUUAAACUUGAGACCCUGAACAGCUUUGCUAGUGUUGGUGUGUAACCUUUUGUAAGUUUUCCCAUACUACUUGUAAAAAAUAAAGGCAAUAUUUUAAGAUAAAUUUUUGAGGAGCACUUUCUUAGUCUAGGAACCUAGUUUAUAGUAACCAAACUCAUGGUUUUCUUUUUCAGGUUACUUUAAAAUUCUAGCAUAAAGUCAAUGUAAAGGAGACAGCAUUGUUUUUACUUAUAUUUUAUGUCAACCACAGAGGGCACAGGUGCCUGGGGUUAUUAUGUAAAUGGUAAACAGUUAGCUAAAAGUACUAUUACAUACUGGACUUGUCUGAUCUAUAGUCUUAUGAAACAAAUAUUAUUAUAUUUUUUCAGAAGUAAAACUUAUUCCCAGAAAUGGUAUUUCUGGGAGAAACUAACACAGCUCUCAAAUGGCAUGUUUCAUAUUUUUAGUAGUUUAGUUCCAUUAGAAUGAUUUAAUGCAGUUCAGAAAGUUUGAUGUCUGUUAAAGCUUACCUUCAAGGUGUCAAGGGCAGAAUCCCUGAAAACCUUAGUGUUACAGUACAUGUUUAGAGCAUAGAAAAUAAACAGGUGGGAUUAUAGAAAAAUAGUUUUCCUGGUGGCCUCGUGCACUUUACGAUCCAUUGUUCUGAGAUUCUUUUUGGAGAAAGGAAGAAUGAUACAUUUUGUUUUAAUUUAUCAUGGCAAAAAUAGUUUUCAUUGUCCCACCAUUAAUAGUUAGACGUUUUACUCCUAACUGAAAUAUCUGUUGUUGCAGGGUGGUAAUUAUUUACAGUUGCCAAAAUAUUAUGCCAUUCUAGUUUAUCUUGAACGAUGCUUUUCUAUCACUGUCACGUUACUAUUAAUUAAUUGUACAUUGACAUGUUGGCUAUUGACAAUACUACUGUAUGUACACAGUUGUUUGAUAAUUUUUUGUAAUAAAAUAUUUGUAUUUUUUAACUCGGUAUAUAAAUAAAUGAUGUGUGGUAAUGGA